AUGGCCACGGUACGAAUACAAGACGUCGAGAAUCAUCAUGAAGCUUCGCCUCUUCUCGGAAGCGACGCGGAGACAAUCAACAUACCGCCCCAGCGAAAGCGACGCAUCAUCCAGCUCCUCUGCGCAUUUGCAUUUACACUGAUGCUUGCUGAUGGACUCCAGGCCGCCGGACUGCUCCAGAUCUACGAGUCGGCAAUUUGCGACGAUUAUUACAAGACCCAUUACUUAGAAGUCUCAAAGCCUGAUCGUUGCCGGAUUCAGCCUGUACAGAAAGAGCUCGCGUUGUGUACUGUACCCUAUGGCCUGCUAGCGGAGCGCAUCGGCAGAAGACGAGUGUUAAUUCUUAGUGGCACUGCAAUUUUUGAUUCCCUUGCUUGGGUCAUGGCUAUGUGUUACUGGCGGUUCGCUCCAAUCCGCUGGGUCUUGUUUUCGGGUGUCUUCCGCUUUAUCGGAGGUGGUGACGCUGUAGCCUCCAGCGUGGUCCAUGCCAUGGUCACCGACGUGACUGACCGAGCCGAACGUGCGUAG